GCCCAUUAUAGCACUGUACGCUGCUCAUCAGUUGUCACACACAUGCACACAGCACAGGCUCAAACCGUCAACGUGGCACACACACAUCACCAGAGGACUGCAAAAACACACAAAGAGUGAAUGAACUGAGCCUGAAGAAACCAUGGGAGGUCAGUACUCCAUUUUCAGGAGGAGUAAAACAAAGGACAAGGAGAAAAGACGUGGAAAGAAACACAUCUGCACCACGGUGAAGGACAAGUCCUCUCUUAUUCCAAAAACACAGUCUCUGCUGAAGGAGGAGGAGCCAGUCACAGAGAGGAAAGAGGAGGAGUUUUCACAUCUGCCACAAGUGGAAUCUUCCUCUGAAAACACACAGGAUGGAAUUGACAACAGCAGCAGUAUGAAGGAGAGCAGCACUGUGACACAUCAGUGUGCUGCUGAACUUCACCCAGGUCCUUCCAUUGCUGAAACCUGCAAAUCAGGUUUAGCCAAAGAGCAAGAAGAAGCUGCCUGGGUGGACAAGAACAUGCCUGAUCUCAUUCAGAACGUCACUUCAGUGAUGGCAAUAGCGGACCAGAUGCGCAGGUUUAUCCAUGACGAAAUGUACGCUGAGAUCUUUGCUGCCACAACCAACCAGAAGAAGAUGAGGCUCAUGUUCUCAACUCUAACAUGUCUCGAAGUCAAAUCAGCCUUUUACAGAGUCCUUCAAGACAUUCAACCAAGUCUUUUUGAAACAGAAGAUACCAUUAAAGAAGUCAUCAAAAAGCAUAAAGCCUACCUGAAGGAAUUGUGCAGUUAUGAGCUGGAAGGCAACGAGAAAGACUGGAAGAACAGGAAAUCAUUAGAAAAAAUGUACACAGAACUCCACAUUAUACAGGGUGAGAGUGAAAAUGUCAAUGAAGAACAUGAGAUAUGGGAGAUUGAAGCAAAGACAAGGAACCAAAAAGCCGACGGCACUAAAAUUAACUGCAAUGACAUCUUCAAACCUCUAACAGAUGACAGUAUGACAUGUGAGCAAGCCAACUCUAUCAGAACUGUGAUGACAAAAGGCAUUGCUGGAAUUGGCAAAACUGUCUCUGUGAAGAAGUUCAUCAUUGAUUGGGUAGAUGGGAAGGCCAAUAACGACUUGGAUUUUGUCUUCUUUCUCCCAUUUAGGGAGUUAAACCUAUACAAAGGUGAUAACUUUAGUCUUGAGACACUUGUGGAACAGUUCAGCCCAGCACUUAAAAACAUUACAGUAAGAAAAAUAUUCACCACCCACAAAGUUUUGUUCAUUUUCGAUGGUCUUGAUGAAACCCAACUGAAAUUAGAUCUAAAAAAUACAGGCAAACUGAAAGAUUCCUCAAAGAUAAUACAGACUUGUUCUGAGAUGCCAGCAGUUGACGUUCUGGUGACAAACCUAAUCCGAAAGGAUCUUCUUGAUUCUGCACUCAUUUGGAUAACCUCAAGACCUGGAGCAGUGCAUCGCAUUCAACGUCGGUACAUCGAUCAGUGGACUGAGGUCAGAGGGUUUAAUGACCCCCAAAAAGAAGAGUACUUCAGAAAGCAAGUCAAAGACAAGGAAGUAGCUGAAAAAAUUAUUGACCACAUCACAGGCUCCCGGAGCUUGUACAUUAUGUGUCACAUUCCCAUCUUCUGUUGGAUUUCUGCAAAGGUUCUGGAGUAUUUCUUGAAAAAAGGUAACAAGACUCAAGAUAGAAUUCAACAGAUACCUGCGACUCUGACUGAGAUGUACACACACUUCCUCCUCAUUCAAACAGAGUUUGCCAGUGAGAAAUACCAACCCCAGAAUGAAUGCGAAAUAGAGAAGAUCUUGAUGCUGAGCAAAGACUUUAUUUUGAAACUAGGCCGUAUGGCAUUUGAACAUUUAGAACGAAGCAGUGUCAUGUUCUACGAGGAGGAUCUGAAGCAAUACGGUAUUGACACAGUCAAUGCUGGAGUUUACUGUGGGUUGUGCACAGAGAUGUUCAAAUGUGACGCUGUGGUCCAUAAAAAGAAAGUGUAUUGCUUCGUGCAUCUGACAGUCCAGGAGUAUUUUGCUGCACUGUUUGUGUACCACAGUUACACCGUUAAGAACAUCAAUUGUCCAUGUCUUAAGGAUUUCCUCCUCAAAGGGUCUGAAGAAGACCUGAAGCUGGAAUUGGAUAAAGAUCCUGUUGAUCUUCCACUGAUAGACUUCUUGGAAAUUUCAAUUGGUAAUUCAACACAGAGAAGGACUGGAGAACUGGACAUGUUCCUGAGGUUCCUCAUCGGCAUGUGCCUGAAAUCUACGCAGGAGCUCCUCCAAGGUCUGAUGAAACAGGAAGAGGACCACUCAGAAGUUGUUGAAGAAAUUUGAAAUAUUCUGAUAUUAAUAGAUCUGGGGGACUGCUCACCAGAAAGAUGUUUGAACCUUGUUCACUGCCUGUUUGAGGUGAAAGACACAUCCCUACAUGAUACUGUACAACAGUAUAUAGAACUAAAUAAGCAACCAGAAACACCGCUGUCCCCAGUUCAGUGCUCAGCUCUGGCCAAUUCAAUUCUAAUGUCAAAUACACCUCGAGAAGAAUUUGACCUUAAGAACUGCAGACCUACAGCACAAGGUAUUUUCAGGCUUCUUCCAGCUGUGAGGAACUGCAGGAAAGCAAUAAUCUCAGGUGUGAGUCUCGAUUCUUGGCAUUGUGAAACAAUAUCGUCGGCCCUUCAAAUGCCAAAGUCAGUGCUGACUGAACUGCACAUCUUACACAGUUAUUUUUUUGACAAAUACACACACAUCUUGGUUGAUGGACUGACAGAUGCCAACUGCAGACUGGAAGUUCUGAGUCUUUCAGGCAAUGGAAUCUCAGCCUGUGUUUGUGAACAACUGGCAUCAGCAGUGAAUUCGCUUAUGCCGAAUCUAAGAGAACUGGAGCUGAGUGAUAACUUACUGGAAGACUCGCUGGAGUCAGUGAUUCGUGUCGCACUCAGCAGCUCGAAACUGAAGAAACUCAGGUUGAACCGAAAUUGUAACAUUGCAGUCACCUGUCAGGAGUUGGUGAGAGCAUUCACAUCUAAACAAUGCAACCUGCAUGAGCUAGAUCUGCGUUACAGCAGGUUUAUGGACUCAGAAAUGGAGAUCCUCGCUGCCGGGCUAAAGAGCACACACUGUAUCCUGGAGGUCUUGAGUCUCAGUAAUAAUGACCUCACUGACAAAGGAUGUAAUACGUUGGCGUCGGCCCUCAGUUGCACUCCAUCACACCUGAGAGAUCUGGACCUGAGCUACAACGACCUUCGGGACUCGGGUGUGAUGGCCCUCUGUAUGGCACUGAACAGUCCAAACUGUGUUCUGGAAACACUGAGGUUAUCAUUCUGCAAAGUAAAACAAGAUGGUUGUACUUUCCUGGCUUCUGCUUUGACCUCUGACCUCUGUAGGCUCAAGGAGCUUGACCUGAGCUUUAAUCACCUGACAGAUGAAGGAGUCAAUCUGCUGACUGAUGCUCACUGCAGUCUGGAGAAACUGAAUGUUGAUCACAAUGAAGAAUGCUGGUAUGACUUGACUCAACUGAGAAAGUAUGCCUGUGAUCUGAGCUUUGAUCCCAACACAGCAGGCGUAGAUGUCAUUUUGAGUGAGGGGAACAAAACGGCGAGACAUACAGAUGAGAGCCAGCCAUAUCCUGAUCAUCCAGACCGGUUCAGCUCCUAUCAGGUGCUGUGCAAAGAGGGACUCACCGGGCGGCAUUACUGGGAAGUAAACUGUUGCAAAUCUGACGUUGGUGUGGCGUACUGGGGUAUGAAGAGACAAAGUGAUUGGUCACCAGAAUGCAGUCUGGGAAAAAAUGAAAAGUCCUGGUGCUUGUCCUACGAAGGCCACUUUUAUCACAACGAUUCCCAUGUAAGACUUCUGGAAUGCAAAUUUAGAACAGUAGGUGUGUACAUGGACUGGCCAGCAGGUAUUCUGUCCUUUUUUGAGGUCUUUCCUGACACGCUGAUCCAUCUGUACACCGUCCACACAACUUUCACUGAGGCCCUCCAUCCUGGAUUUGCUUUGGAUUAUUGGGGAUCCGUCUCCCUCAGUCAUACAGACCAUGUAAACUCCUCAGAGCACAAUGUGUGAUGAUGAAGGUAACAGCAAACCUGAUACAGCUUUUGUAGUGUUCAUGGUAAAAAGUUUUUCAGCUUCUCCCUUUUCCACUUGGAGUCACCACAGUAGACCCACUACAUGUUGAUUUGACGCAACUUUUGCACCAGAUGCCCUUCCUGACUCAACUCUGCAUUACAUGGCGAACGAGCCCAGGUGGUCUUGAACCACAAACCUACGAGUGUGAACACAAGUGCAGUAACCACUUGGCCAUCACGCUGGCUGUAAUAUUUCUGAUACAUUUUUGUUUAAUACAGAGUGAAAUGAUGCAGAAACAUGGGAGUCGUAAGCCAAGAUUUUAUCGUUUUUUGUUUUUUUUAAUCAAACUUUCUGUUCUGCAAUGCCAUGGACCCGAAUUCAACAGAUGAAAUUUGUUGUAUGUACUCUCUCCAAUCAGAAAUGUUGCAGGUAUCUUAGUGGGUUUACUCACCAGUCUUCCACAGUCACUCAGGUUUGAAGACAACUGCUUUGGAACGACUGACAAUGCAUUAAAACAUUCAUUCCUAGAAUGAAUGUUUUCAUAGACAAACUCAGGACAACAUUAGGAGGGUUCUGCACAUAAUGAGGGAGGUUCAUAAGCAAAAACUGGAGACCUUGAUAUUGAGCUUAGAUGCGGAAAAAGCAUUUGACUCAGUGAUAUGGUCCUUUUUAUAUAAGGUGCUUGGAAAAUUUGGUUUCGAUAAAUCUAUAAUUGAUGUUAUUUCAAGUUUAUACAACAAACCAACAGCCAGAAUAAAAAUUAAUGGAGACCUCACUGAUUCAUUCAUACUAGAGCGCGGGACUCAUCAGGGGUGUGGCAUCUCGCCCCUCCUCUUCGCCUUGUUUAUUGAACCACUGAGCCAGUGGAUCAGGCAGAGAACAGAUAUAACGGGAGUGAGGACAUUGGGAGGGGAGCAGAAGUUGGCACUUUUUGCAGAUGAUUUGUUACUGACUUUAUCCCACCCCACACAGGUUGUUCCAAAGAUCAUUAUUAUUAGAAUAUGGUUCAUUAUCGGGGUACAAGGUUAACGUAAGUAAAACACAGGCACUAACUCUAAAUUAUGUCCCACCAGAAGCAAUCAAGGAAAAUUAUAGAUGGAAGUGGAAUGCGGUCAGUAUCAAAUACCUAGGGGUGGUAUUGCACCGAGAAUUAGAUAAAAUGUUUGAGGCUAACUAUGGUCCUCUGAAUAUAUCACUAAAGUCUGAUAUGCAAAGGUGGAACACCAUACCUUUCUUGGAUCUACACUCUAGGAUCGAGUCAAUUAGAUUAAAUAUUCUUCCCCGAAUGCUCUAUCUAUUCCAAUGUUUACCAAUUCUAAUACCUAAAAAACAAUUUGCAGAGUGGGAUAAAAUGUUGGCAAAAUAUAUUUGGAAAGGGGAAAAGGCCAGAGUCAAAUACAAAACUUUGCAAUUAAAGAAGGAUAGGGGAGGUAGAGGUGUUCCAUGUUUGCAUGAAUACUAUUGUGCGGCCCAGUUAAGACCAUUAAUUUGUUUGUGUUCUCCGUUUUACACCGCAGGAUGGAAAGAUGUAGAGGGCACUACAGUUGGAGGAAUACCAGUCAAAGCUUUAUUAGCUGACAUCAAAUUGCAAAAUAAAAUCCACAUUACAGAGGAACCUAUAUCACAUGUAAUGUUAUCGGCUUAGAAUGAAGUAAUUAAAAUCUGUGGUCUGGAGAAUGCUUCUAAAAUACUAAGAUGGUGUGCAUAUGACUCAGAUUUUACCCCAAAUCAAAAAGAUGGACGCUUUAAAAGCUGCAUUUUAAAAGGGCUGACUGAUUACUAUUCAUUUGUUCAUAAGGGGGCGCUAAAUUCAUUUGAAACCUUGCAAGGGAAACAUGGUUUGGGCUCAGUUGAUUUCUUUAGGUAUCUUCAGAUCAGGCACUAUUUUAAUCAGGACCUUAAAAUAAAUUUGAAUGACCUGGGAUUUGUGGAAACAUUUAUAUCAUUAACUACUAAAAUGGGGGCACAAAAACAUAAAAUUGUAUCCAAGCUAUACAACAGCAUCUUGCAGUGUAAAAGGGACAACACACUUUAUGUUAAAGACAGGUGGGAAAAAGAAGGUAAUCUGAAAAUCACAGAAGAAUGUUGGGAACAGAUAUGUGAGACACAAUGGGUUACGACUGGGUCCAGUGUAUGGCGUGAAUUUUGCUGGAAAAAUGUCAUGAGAUUUUUUUGUCACCCCUGCACAGAAGAGAUAUCGAGGAACGGGUGAUAUUUGUUGGAGAUGUGGGGGGGAGCCAACCAUUUCCACAUUUUCUGGGACUGCCGAGUCAUUCAUCAGUAUUGGAUUAGGAUUCAUGAACAUAUACAGAAUGUGUUUGCACUUGUUUUUCCAUUUAAUUUUGAAACCUUGUACUUGAGUAACAUAACAGUAGAUAAACUGGACUCUAAAGACAAGAAACUAUUGUAUAUUUUACUGGCAGCAAGUAAAAAGGCUCUAACGAGGAGAUGGCUCAAACCUGAACCACCAACAAUUGAGGACUGGAUAAACAUUGUGCACGAAAUUUACACAAUGGAAAAACUGUCUUUCUCUCUCAAAGUGCAGAGAGACGCUUUCUAUAGAAUCUGGUCAAAGUGGAUGGAAUAUGUUAAACCGGUGAGAUCUGAUUUUUUCUGAAAACUGCUACUUUGAUAAUGAGUGCUCAUGGAUGUAACUAUUUAUGUGGAUGUUGUAAAGAUGUUGCUGUAUUAUGGCUCCCACGCCACCCGCACACAUGUUCUUUUGGUUUGGUCAAAAAAAAGUUAAAAAGGGUAAAGCAAAAAUAUUGUAUUGAAAGUAUUAUAAUUUUGUCAUUGAAGUGUAAAUUUUAUGUUGCUUUACAAUAAUAGUUAAAAAAAAAAAACAUUCAUUCCAUUUCUUAAUGAUUGAUUUCACUGAACUCCAAAAGUGAUCAUUUGUUCAUGUUCAGGAGUGCAUGUAAUACAUUAUUUUGUGUUUGA